GCGACGGGGUGGGGUGUCCACGCGCCGUCGGGUCGCGGCCCACACAUAUCACCGGCGCGGCCGAGCAUGUGACCUGACCCGACCCGACCCGGGCAGCAGUGCUGGCGGCUAUGGCGGGCCGGGUACGACGGCGCCCGGCCCUCGCGCUUCUCGUUGGACUUGUCCUCAUCGACGCGGCGAACGCGGGUGGCGGCGCCCCGAAGAUCACAGAGCAGCCGACCAAUGAGCUGGUGGUGCGCGGCCAGCCAGUGACCUUGAACUGCAAGGCCGAGGGCGACCCAUCGCCGCGGGUCAGCUGGUUCAAAGAUGGCCGCCCGCUGGCGGCGGCGGCCGGGCCGCAGCGCUUCUUCCUGCACGGCAGCUCGCUCUACUUCGUCGAGGUGACACAGAACCGGAAGGAGGACGACGCGGGCACGUACUGGUGCGAGGCCCGCAACAAGCACGGCACCGCGCGCAGCCGGAACGCCACGCUGGAGGUCGCAGUGCUGCGGGACGAGUUCCGCGCGGCGCCGAGGGACGUGCAGGUGGCGCAGACGGAGACGGCCCGGCUGGUGUGUGAGCCGCCGCGCGGCCACCCGCCGCCAGAGGUCACCUGGCGGCGCAACGGCGAGCCGCUCGACGUGGCCGGGUCACGGCGCCUGCGCAUCGCCGCCGGCGGCCACCUGGUGGUCACGGACGCGCGCCACCACGACGAGGGCGCCUAUACGUGCGUGGCGCGGAACCUGGCCGGGGAGCGACGCAGCCGGCCGGCGCGGCUCACCGUGCAUGUGAAGCCGUUCUUCCUGCGGCCGCCGUCGGACGUGACGAGCGCCGUCUCGCGGCGGGUCGAGCUCGCGUGCCAGGUGUCGGGCGACCCGCAGCCGCAGAUCGUGUGGCGGCGC